GGUCUGCUGAACCUCUUUUUCUCGGACUGGUCCACCAAGGACAUUCGACGUCAUCUUCCUUUUACUUACAACUGCAUCUCUCAGGCUUUUUAUUCCUAUCCGCCCGCUAUGAAGCGAUUUGGCUCGCAAAUCCGCGUCGUCCACUUUAUUGGUGCGGCGAAGCCCUGGCACCAGCAGGUCAACCCCGAGACCGGGAGCCUUACGCCUUGUGACGAGAUCAGUGCCCAAUCCUUGCGGUUCCUCAAUUUUUGGUGGCACCUCUUCUUUACCGAUAUCAAGCCAAAGAUCAGCCCCUCUGUUGUAAGGCUAUUUUUCUCCUCGUCUGCGCACUGGCUUUGCGAUUGA